AUGCUGAUGAAUCUUGGGAACCAGAGAAGAACAAUCUCCUUAGGUGCCUGUGCUGCACAGAUGUGCUUUGUCCUUAUAUUUGGAAGCACAGAGUGUUUACUCCUGGCAGUGAUGGCCUAUGACCGCCACGUGACCAUUUGCAACCCUCUGCACUAUCCUCUAGUCAUGAACCACAGGGUCUGUAUACAGCUGGUAACUGGCUCCUGGACCACUGGAAUUCGAGUUAUGAUUGUGCAGACGUAUCAGAUUUUCUCUCUGCCUUUUUGUGGAUCUAACCAAAUCAACCACUUCUUCUGUGACAUUUUCCCAAUACUCAAGUUGGCUUGUGGGGACACUUUUGUAAAUGAGAUGUUGGUCUACACAGUUGCUAUGUUAUUUGUCAUGGUUCCAUUUCUGUUAAUACUUGGCUCCUACAGUAAAAUCAUCUCCAACAUCCUGAAGUUGCCUUCAGCCACAAGUCGAGCCAAAGCUUUCUCUACCUGCUCAUCUCAUCUUAUGGUUGUGGUGUUAUUCUUUGGAUCAGCCAUUAUUACAUAUUUAAGGCCCAACACCAGGCAUUCAGAGGGAACUGACAAAGUACUUUCUCUUUUCUACACUGUCCUAACUCCUAUGUUUAAUCCCAUGAUACAUAGUCUAAGGAACAAGGAUGUCAUAAUAGCACUGAGAAAAUUGCUAUGUAAAUAA